AUGUCAAGAUCCCCCUCGCGCAGUUCGUCGAGAACUAGUGGAUCUUCUUGCACAGAAAGUGAGGAUUCGGACGAUACGCAGGAAUCUUCCGUUUUUGAUGAGAACAUCGACAAAGAAGAAAUAAUGGGCGACGCCGUUGGAGACGCUCUCUCUAGAUCCCCAUCGUGCAGUUCAUCGGGAACAAGAGGAAAUUCCUGCACAAUUGAGGAUUCAGAUGAUCACAGUGAGAACGAGCAUGAAGGUUCCAUUCUUGAUGAGAACAUCGGUGAAGAAAAUGUGAAGGACGACACCGUCAAAGAGGCUCUCUCUGUGCCAAAAUCCCCGUCGUGCAGUUCAUCGGGAACGAAUGGAUCUUCUGGCACCGAAAGCGAGGAUUCGGACGAUAGGCAGGAGUCUUCCGUCCCUGAUGAGAACAUGGACAAAAACGAUGAUUCGAUGGAGGACAGUUGCGGUGGCACCUCUUGGAUACAUCUUCUUCUUCUUCUUCUGACUCAGAGUCAGCGGAAUCAUAUGUGCCUCUGGAGUCUUGCUCGGACGACAACGAUGGAAACCUGUCCUCCGAGGAGGAAAGUAGCACAGGCUGGCACGAUCCUCAAGGAUCAGAAAAACGAACCGACUCGCUGCCAAGUCUCCAAGGUUGAACCAAUUCGCCCGAAUUCCUCAAGGAGAGUUAUAAUUCCGAAGGCUCACUUUGAAAUCGAAGGCUGGCACGAUCCUCAAGGAUCAAAAAACGAACCAACUCGUGCCAGGUCUCCAAGCGUUGAACCAGCUCGCCCGAAGUCCUCAAGAGUUAUAAUUCCGAAGGCUCACUUUGAAAUCGAAGGCUGGCACGAUCCUCAAGGAUCAGAAAACGAACCGACUUGUGCCGAACCUUCGGACGUUGAACCAGCUCGCCCGAAGUCCUCAAGAGUUAUUAUUCCGAAGGCUCACUUUGAAAUCGAAGGCUGGCACGAUCCUCAAGGAUCAGAAAACGAACCGACUCGUGCCAAGUCUCCAAGUGUUGAACCAACUCGCCCGAUGUCCUCAAGGAGAGUUAUAGUUCCGAAGGCUCACUUCGAAAUCGAAGGCUGGCACGAUCCUCAAGGAUCAAAAAACGAACGAACUCGUAUCAAGUCUCCAAGCGUUGAACCAGGUUAUCCGAGGUCUUCAAGAAGAGUUAUAAUUCCUAAGGCUCACUUUGAUAUCGAAGGCUGGCACGAAUCACAAACAUCAACAGUGAAACCUACUCGUCCGAAAUCUUCAAGUAUCCAGUCAACUCUUGGCAGCUCUUCAAACGUUCGCCGAAGGCCAGUAACUCAGUUGAGUAAUAGCUGUGGCUAUCUUAAGAUCCUACCGUAUACAUUGUUUACAGAACCAAGAAACAUGGCCUCCUCUUCAGGAGGCCCUGAUGUAAUGGACAUUAUAUAUUGUAUAAACUGUCGGCAGCAAAUUCAAUCCAGGCUUCAUGUGAAAUGCUGCGAAUGUCCUGCUAUGAUGUGUGCAGAGUGUUUCUCUUACGGAUGUGAAGCGGGUCAACAUGUUCGAGGACACAACUACGAAAUAUGCGAUCCUCUUGGUGGCAGAACUUUCGAUGUGAAAGGAAGCUGGGGAGCUGUUGAAGAACGAAAGCUUCUAGCUGCUGCUUAUAGGUUCAAGCUAGGCAACUGGGGUGAGGUAACACGAUUAAUGGAAACGGAACGAUCUAUUAGUCAAGUGCAGGAAUAUUACGAUCGUUUCUUCAUCCGCGGUCCAAUCGGCCAAUUCGCUUUGAAACUGUUGAAUUGGGAGGAAUUGAAGCGAGCAAUGCUUGCAGACGGAUCACUUGGAUAUAAUUGUCAGAACGAUCGCAUUACCUACUUGUUGAUGGCAAUGGACGCCUACAAAGAAAGUAAGGAAAAGUUAGAUCCUCAUGAUGAUGAUCUCGGAAAUAAAGUAGAUGCCAUAUUGCAAAGCUACUUGUUUCGUCUGAAUCUAAACGAUGAGCGACCCCAAUGUAGCGAGCAGUCGGAGAUGUAUGAAUUAGUCGAUCUAGCCUUGAGCGACGACUCUUGUGAUCCUUCGGACUACGACAUGGACAAGAAGGCUCCGGAUGAUGCUUAUUCAACUGGACUUGAGCCGGAAAACGAUAGUGAGGAGGAUGAACCUAACAACCAUUCAGCAUCUCCCAGUAAAUCGAGCAAGGUCGAACCAAAAUCGUUACGCAAGUCUCUACGCCCAUCCGUUGCUUUUAUGAGAGCUACCAAAAAAAAGAUAAGAUGUGGCCUCCGGAAGUCCACAUUAGAAAAGAAUGGGCGAGCAUCCCGGUACCGGAGAGUUCAAGCAGAUAGUUCUUCAACGGAAGAUGAUUCCGGUAGCGAGGAUGAAGUAGAACCAAUGGAGACUGACCAAACAUCUGUUGAUGACGCUCAUGAUUCGCUGCAUGGAUUGGAAAAGGAAGACUCAUCGGUACGAGCAGUUCAUAACAUAAUUCGUUGGUUUAAGGGGAACAACAUUGUUGAAGCUAUGUUAUUCUCCUACGAUACCUCAUUGCAGGACGACUGCACUGGUUCUGAUUCCGAAGAACCGAAACAGGAACCUGUUAAGCAGUCUUCCACUCCUUUUGGCUCAGCAGUACGCAGGAGAAAGCGGGCUAAGUUAGUAUCGAAGAAGGCACGUCGUCUGAAGGAAUUCCAGAAGCGAAUGGCCCGAAUGACGAAGGCUGCUGAAAGGCGACUCCAUGAGUUGUCCGAACUCUGUCCGAUUGAGACGAUUCGAGAGCUACGUAACUCGAAGCCAGAUUUAGCACUGUACACUAACGAUUAUGUCGGCAGACCUAAAGUGCGACAAAGUGAUAUGGAUAUGUUAGCAUAUAAUGCAGCACGAGGCGAUUUUGAAUGGGAGUGGUACAACGAUGCAGAGCAACUGAUUAGUCGUCUUAUGAUUCAGGAAUCGUCCGACAGAGUCGAAGACCUUGAGAAUGAUAUCAAGUUUGCACGCAUUGAAAAGUACUAUCGAAUUCUCAAAACUCGAAAAGCGUACCGUCGUGCUAUAGUGGAACAUGACAAGAUCUCAGAAUUCUUUAGAUUCAUGAUGAACAUGACUAUGGAAAAACGUAAAGCCAGUCAAAUCCUUGCUCAGCGUCCACCUCUCGAAAAGUUGUUGACUCGCGCUCAGCAGUGUUUGACGAAGAAAGAAACUGAAGAUUUACGCAGUCAUGUUGAAAGAGCUGAUGAACUUAUGGAAAGAAUUGCCAAGCUUCAAGAACUGCAGCGUAAUGGAGUACUAACUCUGAAAGAAGCCGUGUUCCUGGUGGUCGUACUAUGCUGGAUUCACUUUCUAAUGGACUCACUGCCACAACUGCUAUUCCUGAGCACGAUUGUUGAACUGUACUAUAUGAAAGUAUUGUCAUGGAUGCAUCUUCUUAAGAAACUAUCCAAAUGCAAUGGAAGACGGAAUACUCAAUCAAGACGAGUCCUUUUGUCUUGUUCACAUGAGUGUAAAGUAGAAGAGCUCACGUAUGAUGUAGAAGUAGUUGUCGACAACCCUGAAGGACAACUACAAUCGCCAGUACUUUCAUUGAAGUUCCGCAGUCCACGUUCCGGCACAAACACACCAUUGCGGCGCUUCCGCCAUCAUGGACGAGUUGUCUCCCAUAAUAAUGGAGGAGGAAUGGAUGGAUCUCAACAAGGCUCAUCUGCUGAUAUGUCCUCAACUUCACAAUCGUCUGGCAGUUAUCCUGUAAACGUUGACGCUGUACUUGGUGCGAAUACUGUGGAGGAUAUUGCGGAUACACAUCCUGACUUUGCACGUCUUCUACUCGACUGCUACUCUGCUGGAUGCGAUCUUGAAGAGUACAAGCGAGAAUUUCAACGUUUAAAAAAUCUUCGAAUCAAACGACAAGGAGGAGUUAAUCAGACUUUGAGCUUUUCACUUUUCCCCUCUGUACCCUCCGAUCUGCCCGGUCACCUGUUUGUACGAUUGCUCAAAUUCCAUUCACUUUAUGAAGGUGCAUGCAGAAAGUACCUGGCGGAUGUGGUUAAUAGAAGAGUGGAAGCAUCGCCAGCGUUUCCGUACGACUUGUCGAGCGUUGGUAUUCAAGAUCUUAUCCAAGGAGGCUCUUCAACGGAAUAUUACAACACUGGAAGUGGAACCCAUUCCGUUGCCGGUUCUUACACCGGUACCGGUGCUCAAUUCGUUGAGCCGUCCGGUAUGGCAUCGGGCACAUCAUCUGUAGUUGCGUAUUCUCCCGCUGUAAAUAGCGCUUAUUCUCAACGAGUCUCUCAACCUGGAAUGCGAAAUGAACAUCUUGGUAUGAAUCAAAAUAUGACAGUAGCAGGUAUGGAGUCUGCAACGUGCAUGCAGCGAAGUACAAUGAAUCAUCUACACGGAAGUAUGUCUCAACCAAUGGGCACUGCGCAAUAUAUUGAUAGACGAAUGACAGCAACACCAUUGCCAAGCUGGUCACACCAUUCCAACACCCCAUCUGAAAUGCGUUCUGCAAUGGCCACACCACUUCCACCGCUGGAAAUCCGACAGUGUCCUGUCCUGCAGUCAAGUCUAUCAACACCAGUUCCUCGUGCUGAAAAUCGGCCAUCCCAAACACCCAUGACGCAACACAGACCCAUGGCAACGCCGAUUCCUGGAAUGGAAAGUGGACAGUCGUAUAGUGGCAUGUCAAGCGUACAUAGCCAACACUACCAACAAAUGACGAGUUCAUCUGGAAUGCAAGGCAAUAUCAUCGCAGAUAGACGGAUGAUGACAUCAACCCCUAUGAUAGGAGGAAACCUUGAUUCAUCGGCGCAAGCUUCACCGUUCGCCACACCAACGAAGAAACCUCGAGCUCGUCGGAAACCUGUCGUAACCACACAGACUCAAGUUCAAGGGCAGCAUUCGAUGACACUUCAAGGUCGGCAAAUGACUGCGACUCCAAUUCCUGGAUGGCAACAACAUCAAACUAAAUCAAAUAUGGGAAUGCAAGGACAACCAGUUCAUGUACAGAACAGAAGUAUGAUGUCCGCAUCUGUAACACCAUUGCAGAGGCAGUUAACGACUCCAGUACAUGAUCACCGUGAGAUGAUGAGCGCCACACCUCUACCCGGAUGGGCGCCACAUCAAGUUGGAACCAGCAACAGUCAAGUUGAGCGUAGCCCUUUGGUUUCUUCACUACCUCCACUGUCUCAGUUCACUCCGGUACAACCUCAGGCCCGUCAAUUGAAGACACCCUACCCAACAACCCAAAGCCGUCAACUCGUAGCAGCGGUACCUCAGACUCAGCAGCGUGCAAUGAGUACACGGCCAUACGAGCAGUCUUCUCACGUUUACCCCCAGUCACGCGAAAUGGUGACCCCUGUUCCAUUCGCUCAACCCGAAUCAGUCAGUGUUCCGUAUGUGCAGUCACAGAACAUGGGAGCACAGAUGGGCUCUACAACGGCUGAGAUGUACUCCCAGCAGGGCAUACAAUAUCAGUGGUCCGAAGGCAGUUCAAUGGAUGUUUAUGGCCAGCAAGGACAAUUUGUGCAGCAGUCCUCCUACGGUCAGCAGUCACAGUUCACUCAACAGAUGAACACUGGAGGUCAGCAAAUGGCCUCUGGAAGUCAGCAGCAAGUCUCUUUCGUUGCCAAUCCAGCGGUACAAUAUCCGACACCUGCUGUGCACACACAACAACCUCAAUAUCCUCAGUCAUCCGUUGAGGUUCAGAAAGGUUCUGCUUUCUCGCAGCCAUACAGUUAUGUUCAACAAAGCUAUCCUGUUCAAUCCGGCUCUCAGCAACAAUCAUCUUAUUCGCAAGAUUCGAACUUUAGUCAUACGUCGUAUACACAGCGUUCACCUUAUGCUCAGCAGCAGCAGGCCGAUCAGUCACAACAACAACAAAACCAGUCACUCAGCUACACGCUACAACAGAAUCUUAGCCAGCCUGCACAACUACAGCAGCAACAACAUCAGCACCAUUUUGAGCAGCAACAACAACAACCGGUUCGACGACAAGUAUACGAAAAUUCUGCUCAGUAUGCUGGACAGUACAGCCAGUUGAUCCCUACCUACACCACUCAACCUGCAUGCGGCAUGCAGAGUGCGCAACUUACGCCAGGUUCAAUGCAAGCUCAUCAGAUGCCGAGAAGUUGCGAUGUUGAUGCUAAUGUUAUUCCCCAGCUUGGCUCAGAUAUUGCACAUCAGGACCCACAGUCCGCGUCCAAUUUCGCAACUGGGAUGCUGGAUAUGAGUGGAUCGUCGAGUACAGGUGCUAUGGUGGAACUUCUCCAGAACAGUGACCCGAUGGCAUCUGGUGAAACGUUGGACAUUGUUCAGGGUGAAUACCCUGGCAUGAUGACUACGGCUAUUCCUGGUGGACCAAUGAUCGACCCAAUGAUCGAUGGCUCUCUGAGAACGUUUGAUAUCACUCAAUGUCCUCCUCCUCCACGUAAUGAUUCAGAGGCGACUGUUCCGGCGCGAACUUCACCAAACUCUUGUUCACCAGGCUUAACUGGAGACGACGAAUCAAGUUCGCUAAUACCGAGCAUUUUCUAUCCGAAGGAGUUCGUUCAGAACGACCUCAGUGAGCUGAGGAUUGAGGAUUCGCCUAUCGAAAAAAGCAUCGUCAAUUGUCAGCAUUUCCGAUUCGAUAUAAUCCUAGCCAUGAAACAUCAUCGGAUUGGCAAAGAAGACUAUGAACGCACUUUACAUGAGCUGGAUGAAAUGGAGAAGGAGAAAUGUAUUGGACCGUUGGGAGAUUUGCUGAUGAAGAGACUGGGCCUGAAACGACAGGCACAAUAUAGCCAUGAUGGAAAGUUCAGUGUCGAUGAACUUGUCGCGGCAUUUGCUGCAAACGCUAGGAUUCGAGAGCCUAGUGCCAAAAUACCUGAACGUAGAAUGAGUUCCGAGUUGUUCAGCGAAUUUUUGGACGAUAUUACGCCAGUUCAACCGAAUACUUCUGUCGAUCGAUUUCAAGUUAAAUCACAUCCUGAUUUGCAUCCAAUAUCUCCUGCUGUUGCUCCUUCUGUGUCGAAGUCGAGUGUCUUACAGUCAGCUGAUGCUAUGAACGAUCUGGGCUAUCUUCUGUCUGACGAUGUUAUUGCGGAAUUCGAUUCAAUGUCUACUUCGACUCCAACGACAGCGAAGCCUUUAUCCGUUGGUGCACCGUCGUCGUUUGACCGUAGCGAACCGGUCUCUAUUGGUGUUCCGGCUUCAGUUGCUCGCAGUGAUCCGCUUUCAGUAGGCAGCCCUGCAACUCGUGUAGAAGCCUUGUUUGAUAAAUCAAGGUUAUCGAACGAAGCCAGCAAUUUGCUUUCGUCUGGUUUCAAUGAAGGAACUGUCAGCGUGGGAUCAAUUUCUCGGAAUGACAAGACGAAUGCCGUGUUCUCGUCGUCGUCAGAUACGAUAUAUGGUCAGCCUGCCCUACCUGCGAAGGUUUCACUCCCACCUUCCGAUCUGCUUGUUCAAGGAAAAUCCGCGGAAAAACUUCUCUCAAAAACACAGCUGAAUUCCAUUCUUCCUUCUCAGUCAGGAGAACAACUCCAGUCAACGGUCAAAGUGAACACAGUAUUCACUGACGAGGAAGAAUGGUGGAGAAAGGAUGAUGAGACUCCGCCAAUGCUCGGAGGGACGCCCUUGAAGAUCAGGCCAGAAUCUUUGGGUUUGAAAUCAGCAAUAUUCGAAGCAUCGUCAGCAAAGUACAAACCGAGUGAGGAGCAGUCAACUUCUGCUAUAGAAAAGGUAUUAACUGCAAAGGUAGAUGUCAUACCCGUGAAGCCGUCGCCGAAAAGAAUGGAGCAAAAAGAAGCCAAGAAGGAGUCAGACCGUCUUUCGCAAUCGCCUCCGCCUCCAGAGCCGAUACAUACGAAAAAGUUCGAUGAAGACGAGGAUGAUCGAAGCUAUAGCAAGGCAAAGAUAACAGAACAUGUGAAGAAACCACAGCGAAAAACGAACAGAAUGCUGUUCGGCUCGGAUUCAUCUUCUGAAGAUUCCGCAAAGGAAGACUCUAUACAGGCUCCUUCUACGUCUCAUGCCCAUCUAUCCUCUUCACUUCCAUCGUUACCUGUCGUAUCUCGAAAGAAAUCCCGUUCUCCAGAUGAAUAUCAUUCACCGCGUUCAUCAUCGGGAAAGAAGAAGAGCAGGAAGUCCUCAUUACCGUCGAGGCCGCCGAAGGAAUUGAAGGAAAAUACACAGAAGUCUGGGUUAUCGAAACUUGAGCUGUCGCGUGAAGUGCUGGCGAAGCAAAUCGCUGAGAUAAUUGAAGACGAACGGAGUAAGCUACCCCCAGAAGAAGCUAAAUUCCAUAAAAGACCAUUGUCGCCAGCUUCAUUGGACGUUGUAAUCCAAGAUCUGAUGCAACAUCAUAUAUCAGAAGAUACUAGUCCCAACAGAGAACUCUUCGCUUCAAAAUUGCUAGGAACAGAUAUCUUUUCAAAACUGUUCUUCCGUGCAGGGAAGUGUGUUUUCCGGCAUUACGAAGAAUUGGACGACUUCAGAAGCAAAGAGAAAGGAAGAGGUCGAAGAAAGGGACCUACGCGCAAGAGGGAUACGGAACUCCUGCGAGGGAUAAGGAAAUCUCGAGAAAUACAAAAGUACAAGGAUGCUUUACGAGCUGCCAAGGAGCCUUCCGAGGCAGAGAAAAAGGCCGCGGUUGAAAGAGCCAAAUUAGAGGCGAUGCCAUGGCUGGCACGGUCUACAUUCAAGCCGGAUGUUCAGCAAGGAACUUCAUCAAGAUUUGUUAUUCCCAAGAAAUCUAGCGGUAAUCGAAGCGGUGGAGAAAGUAGUGCAAGUCGAAAUACCAGUGAGACCAAACAACGGGAAACUGCUCGUCCAGUCGAACCAGUAGUGAAACCCAGUCACCACAAAGUCAGUGAAGCAGCUGCUGAACAUCUUAGAAGUCAGUCUUCCAGCGAGAAGGUUAAUCUCGGUAGAGGAAGUCGAUCGCCACCCAGUCAUUUAAUUGGAAACAAGAGCUUGUCUCGAGUAAUUCAUGAAGAACGCUUGACCAAACUGGAUCUACCUGUACAACCCGUCGCGAGGAAAGCUGAAGAAGUUUCUGUGAGCUUUUCGUUUUGUUGGAUGCCGAAGUCUUCAACUCACAAAGCGAAAGCAAAACACACUUGGCCAUUAAAAAGGUGGAGAUCUACGUCUGCACUUAUAGAAGAAGCAGUAGAGGUGGUUGCUGAUAGUGCACUAGAGCAGCAACCAGAAGACGACUCCGUUUUCGAAGAUUUGAUGGAGGAUGUCGCAAUCGCUGCUGAUAGCUUCGCGGAGAUUCGCUUUGAAAAACCGCCCAUUUCUGUCGAAAGUUCGAAUGCUUUCCAGACGACAUCCUUUGUUUCGGCAAGGGAAUCAGAACUGGCAGCAUUGGCUCUUCAGGAAGAAAUGUCAAGGAGCGAACAAGCCUCGCCUGAUGACCAGUAUGAUGCAUUACGUUACUUAGCCGCAAUGCCCGAAUCAGAAUUCUCUCGUCAUAGUGACAGUUGUGAACCAACAACCCCAGCCAAGAUUACGCAACCAAAAUUGGCUUCCAGAGCUGGAGCUGUAGAAAUUCCGCCAAAGCAGUUGUCGUCAGAGCCAUUGCAAAGCGAACAGGUUCAUUUUGGACCUACAGAGUGGAUGAGAAUGGAACCGGCCGUACAACCGUUUUAUGAAGCUGAACUUGGGAAUGAUCCCUGGCGCCUUCCUUUGCCAAAUACAAAUUCACUAACGCCGAGAUAUCCACCAGGAAGUGCUCAGUCUGCUAGCGUAGCGGCUGCAGAGAACUUGUAUUCAAGCCUACAAGAAGAACUUGACACAAUUGUGAGGGACACUCUUGGAGACACAUUGUACAGCCCCACAGUUGCCGGUAGUGCUCCUUCGAUGACGCGAUGUACUACUAGGUCCGAAUACCUCUGCGAUCAUGAGGAAUGGAAGUACCUGUACGAAUGUGCUAUAUCGUGCCGUAAAGAGCGAGAAGAGGCUGAACGGCGUCGUCUACCUCCAACUGAGCAAGUCUGCUCGGACAAUUUCGAGUUCUCGAGGAAGCCGAAGAAGAAGAAGGCCAAAUUUGUUUGGAAGAUGUUGCAGCGUAUUUCUGAUGGUGACCAGUUGAGCGUAAUCAGAACUCCUUCGUACAGAUUCACAAAGAAUCCAGCUGCUGAAAGCGUAGAAAGCCGCCGCUGGAUUUAUCAGCGUACUUUUGCAUCGCAAAAGUUCAGCCUUGUGUCGACCAGACCUGAGCAUCGCGAACUGAAACGUCAGCCAUGUUUGGAAAAUGCAGUCGUGCUCCGGGAAGAACUCCAGUUUCGGCAAGACCUCUGCCAUUUCUCUGGCUUCGCGGCACCAACAGCACUAGUGCUCCGAAGUCAACAUGCAACUCAAGCAAAUACUGAAGGAAUCAUGCCGAUCUACCAAUUUUCACAUGAGCAAGACUCCAUGAGUACGCUCUCUGCUCCUGUGGAGAUCGAUCUACGGAAAGGCGAAGCUUCUGAGGAAUACCAAACUUCUGUACCAAUUCCAAGAACGGCAAUCUUUGGCACGGAAGUAGCCGAUCUUUCGGUAUCAUAUGUACAAGAAGAUGAUGCACUAUCAGCAAGAGCUACCAUCAAUGUACCGCGUAAAACUACCGCUUUAUUAAAUACCUCCUCACUCAAUGUAGCAUUCAGUGCUCCUGAAUGGUUCCUACGAAGGUCCACAUGUUCGUCAGAGAUGGUGCUUCCACAUCCGCGGUUCGACUGUACCGUACUGCACUCCCGUCAGUCUAACAUUGAGCGGGAACGUGCUGACGCCUAUCUUUCUACCUCAGUGAAACUGCCGAUCCCUCGGACGAAAGAGGCAUCUUUCUCGCAUAUUGAAGGAGGCCAGGGAUUCACAGCAGUUGAACCUUCAAUGGUGGCGGAGAUCUCUCUUCCACUGCCAGUAUCAGAUGUGACAUAUUAUAAAUCUACUCAUCUAAGAAUUCGACGGAAGCGUGUUGGAGCCUCGGCCAGCAGAGAUAUCGUUCUUCCCGUUCCUCGCCUAGACAAAUCUGUUCUAAGCGUCUGCGAAUUGGAAACAGAUCAAACACGAGAAGGUUUCCAAGAAAUGGCUGAUUACUCUGUACCUCUCCCACGUGUUGAGAGCACCAUUCUGAAUAUAAUUGAUGUGAAUCUUCAUCGGCAUCGACAAGGAUUCUCAGAAACGGGCAUGGGAGCUAUGCCUAUACCACGCAUGGAAUGUACUAUCACCAAUAUACUGAAAUUGAAUGUGAAACGCAAGCGUACAGGAUUGACAGCCGCGUCCAAUGCUGUUAUUACUAUUCCACGGAUGUGUCUAGCUGCUUUUAGUACAGUUGAAACAGAGUCAGUUCAUAUACGCGAGGAUAGCCAUCAAUGCUCCGAAAUGGUGUUACCUAUCCCUCGAGAAGAAAGUACUAUACUUAGAUCGCUUACGAUGAGAGUGAAACGUUCGAAGAAACCGAUUGCGGAGCCAUUCAGUUAUAUCCAUUCAAUUGCUCGUGAAGAUGAUACAAAAUUCACCGUCUACGAUUUUACUGCACUCUGCGAGAGGACAGGUGACUCCAAGGAGAGAGUUUAUGCCCACCCUAUUCCAAACACUUCUGAAACCAUCUGUUCGAUUACGGCUCGAGAUGUCGAAAUGGUGAAUCGUGAAGUGUACUUUUUCGAUUCGAAAGGGAUCCCGGAUGUUCCUGCGGAAGUGGACUCAUCUGUGGUUGAUGCUAAGCAGCAGCUAUCGCUUGUUCAGGAGCUGGAUCAGUAUGCAUUAGCAACCCAGUCGCAGAAGGAAUCAUCUGAGAAUGAACCUAUAUCCGGCAAAGUUAACAAAAGCAGUAGUACUGUUACGCCAGUACCCCGCAGAGAUGUGGAAGUGCUUCGAUUAUCAACCAUCAGAUUGUCGCGAAAAAGAAAGAAUGAGGAAGAAUCUACACAGCCUGCGAAGAGGAUGAAAGUAGAAGAACGGCCAGAACUCCUCACCGAGAAGGCUUUCUCGAGCGAUGCCAAUCGCUUUACUGAAAUCGUAUAUGUGAAGGAUCCAAGACUGCCGUUGCAAUGUUCUAGUUCGUUCGUGGAAGUGUCAAAGAAAUGGAGAUGUUUUGCUCAUCAGCAUAUGCCUCAUCUUUUACUGUCCUCCUAUAUGGUAACUCAAUUUGCCACCCUACUCCAGCGAGUAUUUGGUGGUGGAGUGGAUCGCUGUACGAUUACUAUGAAAGAUCUGAAUAGAUUGAUUUCAAAUAUGGAUGGAGAAUAUGACCUGAGCAUUUUCACGAAUCCAGAAAAAGUCACGGCAGCGUCAUCCGACCCAUCAGGUCCUAUCUGGGAUCGAUUGAUGAAACUUCGUAUGCAAAGAAACUCUACAGAACUUCUCAGUCGUAAAGCCUUGGCUCCGCUGUAUAUAUUUUUGGGAAUGACAAACCUACCAAGGGUUGGAAAACCUUGGCGAAAAUGGUUGAAACCAAUUGAUGCCACCACAGAAUCAAGAAUCGGCUGUCAACUUGCCCUUUGUAUGCGAAUCCCGGAUCUUGUCGGGGUUGAUGACAUGGAUCCGAAAUUACAAGCUAUCAAAAUGUGGUGGACAUUCAUGAUGAUUCGUGGGACACUUGCCUGGUAUAUCUAUCCUUGCUUCUCUCGUCGUCAACUGUUCCUACUAGUUCGUCUACUCGAAGCACUUGAAGAUGUGGAACGUCCACCGUUCUGUCUCUAUCCCCCAAAAGUGUUUUUCAAGGCUGUCAAGAAGAUUCUUCGUCAUCCACGUAUGGAUCUUAUUCCAAAGGAUAUCUAUCAUCCAGAUAUAACAACCAUGGCGACACUUCUGAAAAUGAAGCGAAACAGAGUAUUCCAUGUGGACCGUUCGCUACCGGAACUGUUAUCACAUUGGAUGGACGAUAUGAAUAAAAUUGACGCCUAUCUGGCCACCGAUGUAAAGGUGAACGCCAUGAAGAAUUCAAGUUUCUUAACACAAGGUGAAUGGGCGUGGAAGAAUUUUGGCCACGGAUGCGUUCCGGAUGGUAUUAAAUACGACCGUAAUAUCAAGGUGGAGAAGACCAUUGAGCAGUUAACAAACUGCCUUGCUGAUGUCAGUUUAUCCCUCGAACAACGGAAACAGAUCUCUGUGUUAAGGACUGCCUUAGGUGCAUGGUCCAAAUAUGACAGUGGGCCGUCGAUUGAUCAGAUUCCUGUAGACAUAAUAAAUCCAUUCGCUUUAUCUGCUUCGUUGAUUGCCUUGUUGCCGAUGCCUGAAGGAUUCGUUGAUGAGUGCUUCAAAUUUCUUGGAAAGGGCUGGCCGCCGUUGGGAAGCCUACAAGCGUUGGCACAAAGGCCAAUGGCAAAACGACGAUUAGUACGCUUUUCGAAGAGUUUUGGCAAUCACCUAAGGCAAGAUUUUUCAACCAUUUCUGUUUUUAAUAAAGAAGAGAGCAUUGCACUACAUUCACCUAAUAUUAAGAGCAGCAGAGUAAUUGGCAAAUCGGCAAAUGAACCCAUCACGAAACCGCCCACGCCAUCAUCUAAACAGGAAUCAUCAAUCAAACGUCCGUCAACAGCGCUGUCCUUUACGACCAAGAAACAGGCAAAAACUCUGUCUACUGUCAGUGGCGAGAAAGACUCAAAAGCUACUAGAGGAUGGCGCAAGCGAAAAGACUCUAUUGCCGAUACAAAGCCAGCAUCAGAGAUCGUGCGACCAUACAAGAGAUCAAAGACUGAGAUGAGAAAACGCCGUCGUGCUAGAACAAGUGAUGAAGAAGGUCCAUCAUCUGCUAAGCAACUAAUGGCCAAGAUUCCUGAGUACCGUUUCUCGAAAUUGAGGCAUACACUGGCCAGGCGAGGUAUGGAGACAGAGAAAAUGCUUCGCGAGACUGUGCUAAGAGCGGUGAGUGGAAAUAGAAUCAAUCAAUUUUUUUUACCGGAAUUGAAUCCGUAUUUUGUCAAAAAAUAA